AUGGGGAAACUUCUAGCAGCUUCUCACAGGAGCCACCCCUGUAACCACUACCGCUGCCAAAAUCUUGCCACACAAACCCCUUACACUGUGAUAAUAAGUGUUGACAAAAAUCUUAAGAGAAGUAGCAGUGGUUUUGAGACCACGUUUACCUACAGUAUGCUCAUAGAACAGUGUCUUAAAGACCUGCAAUCAGAAGUAAAUGAAAUAUGUACCGAUGAAAUACUACAAAGCACAACUGACUGCCUUCAGUGGCUAAACAACUGCAAUUUUAGUUCUCUCAGACCUUCUUCUACACACCACGGAGAGCUGAUGGAGUUCCUUAGGACCUUGCAAAGCUUGCUGAAGAAUGAGCAAAAUCAAGAAGAAAUGAUACUUCACUUCCUUCUAGAUCUCUCUAGCCAGUGUGGUGUCUCAUUUCCCUGUACUCCAAGUGGGACGUCUUUUGAGCUAGCAUCUUCCCUUCAUGCCAUUGAGGAUGAUUCAACUACGGAUGUGAAAUCUCUCUGGGACGAUGUGAGAUUGCAUCUUCGACGAUUUUUGGUAAAUAGACUGCAAAGUCAAGAAGAAACAAAUACUAAUGCUUUACAGCAACAAAUGGAGUUUAAAACUCAGUGCAUACAGCAACUUUUGUUUCUUUAUCCUGAAUCGGAAGUUUUAACGAAGUAUCAAAAUAUGCAGAAUAAACUGGUUAGUGACCUUCUGCAGAACUGUAUUUUGUCUAGUUGUGGUGAAACUAAUUUUGAUAAGGUGGUUCAUGGUUACCAAAGUUCCAUACCCACAUUGUGCACAAUGAUAAAAGAGGAUUUGUAUAUACUAAGUGGAACCAUUGAUCCUUCUUCAUCAUUGAAGUUUAUUAAUGAAACUUAUCUGGACACUAUCACCGAAGAAAUGACGGUUCUUCUUGAAAGACUUUGUGAGCUGCAGUUCAAGGAAAAUGCUCUACAUAUAGUUAAGGCAAACAAGAUUUCAAGGAAGCAUAGAGGAACAGUUCAUGCUGUGGCCUCCCAAGAAUACCACAAGAAAGGAAGGAACUUCUGCUUAACAUUGUAUCAGCUCAAAUGUCUGUCUCAACUUACCAAACUCUUUUUAUUAAUGGAAGAAAAAAUUGAAGACCUCUCCGCAGAAAUCCUGUUGAGGCUCCAGGUCACCAGAGAUACUGCUGGAGUUCUGAAGAAAGCUAGUGGGGAGCUUUUAAUAGGAGAAACUAGAGCAAAUGAAACCAGUGUGCUUCCUGAACAGUUACUUCAGGUAGAAGAGCCUAUUUUACUGAAUUUUGGCUGGAGAAAUGCAUUUAAAGACCUGUCUUCUUCUGUGGCUCAUUGUAUAACAAUAGCAAUUGAGGAUUUUUCAACUAAAAUUCUUCAACAUGAGCAGAAAGAAGAGUUUUCAGCUGCAGGCUAUGCAAUGAGUCUUGUAAACAACCAGCAAAUGAGGGAGUCCUGCAGAGCGGUCCAACAGGAGGAGCAACCAAAACGAAUCGCUAAGUUUUGUUCUGACAUCAUGGAAGAACUUGACACAUUGCUUCCAUUGGCUCUGGCAUGCAGAGAUGAUUCUCUUCAGGAAAUUAGAGCAAACUUUGUAGAGGCCUGCAGCAAAGUGGCAACAGCUGUCCUGGAAAGACUAGAGGAGAAGAGCAAAGAUGUUCCCUCCAAGGCUCCCCUGCAAGACUUGUAUGCUGCCCUUUCCACAGCGAUAUAUGUCUUUCAGCAUUUUACAAUGUAUAGCAAUUUAAUGAGAGAAACAAGCAAAAAAGCCCUGUUCCUAGUGCCUGUCCAACAAUAUCAGGAAUUCAUCAGCGUUCUUCAGUUUCAAGUUAUGAACUACUGCGUCAGAGUUUGUGCUACAAGCAUUUUGCAGGAUGCUGAGAGCCACCACUGGGAUGACUACAAAGCUUUUUAUGAGGGGGAAAGAUGCUCAUUCUCUGUCCAGAUGUGGCAUUAUUUCUGCUGUGCACUUCAUCAUGAUCUGUGGACUAUUCUACCUCCCAAGACAGCCCAGGAGAUUCUUACAGAUGUACUAGAGCAAUCUUUGGCUAUGCUGUCCUCCAGGUAUUGUCAGGCCUGCCCCAGUUACAAGAGAACACCACAAAUCAGAAUUGAUAUUGCUGCCAUUUUGAUGUCCACUGAAGAUAUGCUCUGGUCAGUUUGCAGCUCUGUACCGGAGUUUCUGAAUCCACAAGAAGAUAGAGAUCUCAAGAUCUAUAAAAUACAUAGCCACUGCAAUAGUCUGCUCUCUGUGCUGGCUAUUUUAACUUCACCACUGAAGAAUUUGUAUGAGUGAGUAUGAAAGAAACAUUCAAAUGAAAUUAUCCAGAAGAAGCAGGCUGGCAAUGUGCAGCACAACAGACCCAUUUGUGACUUCGGAAUAGAGUCUGUCUUCUGCACCAGGACUCCAUCAGCCAGAGAAAUGGCAGCCCAGGGUCAGCUGAAACUGCUUCUAUCCCAGCCAUACUGUAAUUUGAACUUGCUUUUGGAAACAUUGCUACAUCAUGAUUGUCUCUUAGUGAAAAUUUUACUGAGAAGUUCAGAUCAGAUUUCAGUAAGUAAACAGACAAAUAACAAAGAGCCUACUCUGAUUGAAACAAUCUUCACAGUAUUGUCUUACUGCACUUUAUCACCCAAAUCUCUUGGCAUUGCUUUUGAGACCUACAUGGAAAAAGAGCAGUUGUGGAAUUGUUUAUACAAUAUGACAGUUUCCAGUUGUGGUGAGUCGGAGCCAGAGGUUAUCAGAUGCUUGAAGUUGACUUUGAUUAAUUCAGUCAAGGGUAUAGUGAAGCAGAUAAUUUCUUUGAUGCAUUCAUGGGAGGCAACAGAAAACUAUGGAACAUACCAGCACAAGCAAAUAGUUCCUGAAAGUUUACUGAAAACAGUUCCGAAGGAAUGGAAUUACACUCCUCGGGAAAUGAAGAGAAAAGAAUCUGGGAAAUGCUUCACAAGGCUUGCAGCUCAGGCAGUAUCUAUUGUAAUCAGCAAGUUACCUACAGUGAUUGCAUGUUUGCCUCCCCCAAUUAAGUACUUCUUUUUUCUGGCUGAGAGAAAAAUGUCAAGAAACUUUGCUGAAUUGAAGAAAGCUGGUCUGCUUGUCUGGAACUUGAUUGUAAUUAUAUGUCGGAUAUUUGAGGAUGGAAAUACUGCAGAACUUUUAACAGGUGCAACACUUGACAGAUGGAGCAAAGAAAAACUCAGUUUAGUUCGUGUGUGCUUGGAAAGUAUUAUGGGAAAACAGAAAAGUGGUCCUAAGCAAGUGACCCAGAAGGUUAUACAAAGCAUUGAACAGCAAAAACCAAACUGGAUUGAAAGCCAGUUGCUGAAGGCAAGAAAAUUGAGCACAGACUGUGCCUCAGUCACAGUAGAAGGUGCAACGUUAGAGGAAGGAGGUAUUGCACUUGGAUUCACUGAGCAGAAAAUAAACAUGAUGGUCCUGGAUAUCUGCCACAAACCAGGUGGCAGCGAGUACCUGAGGCAAAUUUAUCACAUCAUCCGGCUCAAUGAGGAAUACUUGAAAGAGCAGCUGUCUUGUGAGAAUUCUUAUGAAGAUGGUGUUACCUCCAGUCAACACCUGCCCUUGACACUGAAGGGCAGAGAAGAGCAGGCUGUCUUCAACCCUUUCCAGGUGUACAGACAAUCUUGUGCAAAAGUGUUCAAUCAGGUUUCCAUUACUGAAUGGAACUGGGAUUGGUCAAACUUGCUGCCAAGUUAUUUGGGACUGAAUCAGAUGACCUUCAGGGUGCUGCUGGAACACAGGUGGGAGAUGAAAGAAGAUGCAGAUCUUGAAGAUGAGGAGAAAGUUAUGAUGGAACACUUAAAAAAUGUUUAUUUGACACAGAGCACUCCUAUCUCAGAGGAUAAAGAAGAAUAA